AUGCUUGACCAUAAAUUUUUGAAAGAAAAUAGGGAGUAUAUCUUCUGUGUUUUGAAGGAGGUGAGUUCUGUAUGUGCCUUGAAGUACUAUAAUUCAGAAAUUAGUACCUCACAAAAAGUGGAAGCCUUUACCGAUCUUUCGCUUGCCUUUUGUCCUUCCUCUUCUUUGGAAAACUUGUCUUUUCAAGAUCCAGCAUCAUCAGUCAAUACACAGGAUGGCAACCUAAUGUGCACUAGUCUUGUGGGUCCUUUGGAAGAGCCAGGAGUUCAUGACCCAGCAGCAGCCACCUUUUCCUGUGGCUCGGCCGUGAGAGGGAGCAUGGUGAGCAGUCCUGAUGCUUUCUGCUGUGCUGAAGACACUUUGGUCCCUAAUGAAUCUAGCAAGAUUCUUGUUAAUAAAAAUGUACCUCAGAAACCAGGAGGUGAAACUACACCUUCAGUAACGGACUUACUAAAUUAUUUUUUGGCUCCAGAGAUUCUCACUGAUGACAACCAAUAUUAUUGUGAAAACUGUGCCUCUCUGCAGAAUGCUGAGAAAACUAUGCAAAUCACAGAGGAACCUGAAUACCUUAUUCUUACUCUCCUAAGAUUUUCAUAUGAUCAGAAGUAUCAUGUGAGAAGAAAAAUUUUAGACAAUGUGUCACUGCCACUGGUUUUGGAGUUGCCAGUUAAAAGAACUACUUCUUUCUCUUCACUAUCAGAAAGUUGGUCUAUAGAUGUUGACUUCACUGAUACUAGUGAGAACCUAGCUAAAAAAUUAAAGCCUUCUGGAACUGAGGAAGCUUGCUGCCCAAAACUGGUUCCCUAUCUGUUAAGUUCCGUUGUUGUUCACUCUGGUAUAUCUUCUGAAAGUGGGCAUUACUAUUCUUAUGCCAGAAACAUCGCAGGCACAGAGUCCUCAUGCCAGAUAUGCCACCAGUCUGAAACUUUGGCAUUAGCAUCAUCCCAGAGUCAUUUACUAGGGAGAAAUAGUCCCAGUGCAGUUAUUGAACAGAAUUUAGAAAAUAAGGAAAUGUCCAAAGAAUGGUUUUUAUUUAAUGACAGCAGAGUGACGUUUACUUCAUUUCAGUCAGUCCAGAAAAUUACGAGUAGGUUUCCAAAGGACACAGCUUAUGUCCUUUUGUAUAAAAAACAUAACAGCACCAAUGGUUUAAAUGGUAAUAAUUCAACCAGUGGACUCUGGGUAAAUGGAGACCCACCUCUGCAGAAAGAACUUAUGGAUGCUAUAACAAAAGACAAUAAACUGUAUUUACAGGAGCAAGAGUUGAAUGCUCGAACCCGGGCCCUACAAGCUGCAUCUGCCUCCUGUUCAUUUCGGCCCCAUGGAUCUGAUGACAGUGACCCACCAGGAAGCUGUGGACCAGCUGGUGGGGGGGGUGGAGGGGGGUUCAACACGGUUGGUAGGCUUGUGUUUUGAUCCUGAGUACAGACUGCAGUGCUCACAAAACAUCCAAUAGUAUGACUGUUAAAAUCUCAAGACUGUAGGAAAUAUCUUUUUUCUUUUCGUUAGACCCUUAUAAUUUUAGAAAACACUCAGUGCUUGUUUUUAUUUUCUUGACAAUACAUUUAUUGACAAAAUACAUCAUGGGGAAAAAAUCUACCUCUUAAAAUUCCAUUUGCUUAUAAGGUUAGACAUGCUUGACCAUAAAUUUUUGAAAGAAAAUAGGUACCUAUUCCCUAAUUAAGCUGCAUUAAAUUUAGUAAAGGCACUUAAAAGGUCCUAUCAGUUUUUGCUGAACAAAAAAUAUAGUUCUAAUAUAGUAUAUUAGCAUCUUUUAUAAAAUAAUUGAUGCUAUGGGUGACGGAAAUAUUAUUUAGAAAGAAAGAAAAUCCUUUAUUUCCCAUGUAGUUAACCCAUUAUUAAAUUCAAAUCUCUGAAAAGACUAGAGAUAAUACAGUUUCUAAUGAAGGCAAUAAUGGAAAAUUUAUCAAGCUAUAUAGUAUUUUUCAGAUUUCUUUAGUGCUGUCUUCAGCAUUACUGUAUCUGCGUUUCAAAUACAAAUGUUUUUUAAAAAGGACCGUUUAUACAUAUGUGCUGAAUUGAUUUUAAGAAAGGUGCAUGCUACUGUAAGAGUAACAUUUUACCUAUAAAUUGCUAACUUUGUAGUAUUUCUAAUUGUUUAUGGAUUUUAAAAUUCUAUUUCAGGGAGUAUAUCUUCUGUGUUUUGAAGGAGGUGAGUUCUGUAUGUGCCUUGAAGUACUAUAAUUCAGAAAUAGGAAUCUUUGGCUGCAGAACAUUUUUAAUGAAAUGCUGGGAGGUAAUUUUUUUGUGCUAAUGUUAAAAUUAUAACUUUCUGAAAGUUAUUAGAUUUUCCUGAAGUCAAAUCCGAUGGUUCUAAAUCAAUAAGUGUGACAGUUCAUUUUUAACUCUUAGAAGAAUUUGGAGGAAAUAAACCUAGUCAAGUAAUAAAAUCUUUUUUGAUUUGGUUACUUAACCCUAGGGUCAUUAAACAUUGAUCACAUAUUUUUAGAGUUGUAAAUUCUUUUUCAUUUUGAGUCAUGUGUUUUACACAGUUGUUUUUCUAUUUCAGAGUUUCAGAUAAAAAGUUGAAAAGUCAGACCCUACAUAGUCCCACAAGUCAGUUCUCUGGGGUCUUGAUUAUGCAGUCUUCAAGAGUUAUCCCAAUUGUCCCCUUUCCCAGAGAUUUAACUUACCCAUAGUUGUGCAUUGUUCUGAAGAUUGUUCUCAUAUUUAUUUUGAAAACAUUUAAAGGAAAGAAUGUUCUUUGGUGAUUUGAGGUUUAUCUUUUUCUCAAGCUUUUAAUCGUGAUACUUAAAAACGAAACAUCUUUAUACCACUGCCUCCCACUCCAAACCUGUUUCCAGUCACCAGGAAGAUUAGAUUGGAUUAGUUAAAAAUGGGAAACUCUUUGCAGAAUUGAUCUGAGAUUUUUGCUUCUCUAUAAAUGAAUGAAUCAGAGGGAUUUUUAUCAUACUUCCCUGUGAGUUUUUUCUUGUCCUAACAGUGAAUUUCUAGUUUCUUUGGUUCCAUUGGCCAGGUAAUGAUUUAUCAUCAGAUUAUAUCAGUGUUAGUAGUUAAUUGAAAUUGGUAAAUUUGUUUUUUACGUGGUAUAUUGAUGUUGGACUCAGCUGCUUCUAGGAACUUUGAUAAUCUACAGAGUUUUAUCUAUGACUAUCAAAGCAUUUAAGUAUUUUGUGUCAAAAUAAUAUGUACUGAAUUUUCAAAAUGAUAAAAAAAUGAAACUUUAAGUCAUGUAACAAUACUGAGCAUAUGAAUAAUGAUCAUAUUCAGAUGAUAACUUCAUACCAAUACUGAAGACCUGACAUUAAAGACUUCCUUUUAAGAUUAAAAAUAUAGUAACAUUAAUCAUUUGCCCAAUUUAAAGUAUUUAUUCCUAUAGGAGACUUGUAACCUGAAUAAAAAGAUGCUUCAUUCAAAAAUCUA